CCUGCAAGGCUACUGUACCAACAAAGUUCUAUCGACCUACCUAUUUGUCCUAGUUGCCAUAAUGAAGUCCAUUCUUGUCCUUCUCCCUAUUAUCACGCUCGCCGUGGCCCAAAACCUUGACUCAUGCACCGGGAACGUGAAAUGCUGCGCGGGAGUAACACCAUACUCCGAAUUGCCAGAGGACAUUCUAGCCGAAUAUGGAGUGCGCCCUAAUCCUAACGCCAAUAUCUGUGGCAAUGGCACUGCGGUAGAGGAUCAGUUCGAUGCUGAUAUCUGUGAGUCUGUGGACCACAAACUUCAGUGCUGUGACCCACGCCAGCCGGAUGUUGAGCUGAACGAGGACUUGACAUUUGAAUGCUACAAUAUCUAAAGCACUCCCAUGGAUGCCAUCGACCAAAAAUCUGGAAGCGAGAGUAACUUCUAUAGGCGGUCCCAGGAAAUAGUCCCUUACUUUAGAUAGACACGCCUCGAGAGGCAGAAGAUCACCGAUAUAAGGUUAUGAAAUCUUACCCUACCAGUACAAUAUAGCCUAGCCUGCUGCACAAUCAAUGACCUGAACAGUGGGAUCUUUCCCGCCGUGCUAAACCAAGGUUUCACCAUGAGAAUACCAUAACGCCAUUUCAUCUUAGGUC